AUGUAUCACCCAGCAGAGCUGUACUCUGGCCGUAACACAUGGGACUCCUAUCCAGCUGGAGGACCUAACAGAGGACAAUGGGCUCCUGUGAACAGUCGCGUCUGGAGCCACACAAACAGAUGCCAGGGAGGGCGCAAUCAAUCACAUCAUCCACUAUCAAGUCGUUUUUAUAAUAGGGGGGAGAGAACAGUUAACCAUGUUCAGGACAAAGGUAUCUCAAAGGGGCACAGGCAGCAUCUACGUCUCUGGGAUGGUAAAGAGCAGCUGUUUGAUGCCCAGAGCUGGCAUCACAACUCCACACGCUCAUUCCACAACCGAACUGCCACCAACAACGGUUACCUAACAGGACCCGGCGAGCGCUACACAUCCUGGGACAACAACCUCAGCAACUCUGUGCAUGGGGGUCCUCGUCUGCAUCGCAACAACAGAGAACUCCAGUCCCCACCAGAGAGAUGGGCCCCCACAGACUGCCGCAGGAGCUUCCCAGGCAGAUUGAUAAACAACAGGCCGGGCCCCUGGAAACGGCCAGCCCUCCAUCAGCGGCGAGACCAAUUACACCAGCACAGUCCACCCCCACAGCACCCCUUAUCCCCAAGGGAGGAGUGUCCUGCUAAGAGGAGGAGAGACUCUGGCCCUGAUCAGGAUCAAGGCAUUUACCUUUACUUGCCCACGCCCCAUCACCACCUCGCCACCACCGCUGCAACCAAGAUGACUGGAGGCCUCUUAAUGACAGGGCGGGUCCUUGCCACCACUCUGACCACAGGACCUCAACAACACAGCAACAGCCACCAAAACCAUCAUUACCACUAUCAGCGGCACACAGGCCACCCCAGAGCCCUACAGCACAACCCCCCACUACACCCUCUGGAGGAGAAGGACCCACGGAGCCAUCACCACAAACAAAGCACAUCUCUUCCCAGGAACACAAGCCCCAAUCAGACCAGCAAGAAACCCACCGUCGUCUCAUCCCGAUCAGGAGACGGACCAAAAGAAAAGCCUGAUGAAACCCUCCCUUCACUUUUGUUCAAAGCCUUAGCACCACUCAGUACAGCAUGCUCUGUCAGCUUAGAGCGGCCCGUCCACGGCAAAGACAGAAGCCAGGGAGGAGUUCUCAACGCUCCAGAUCUCCAGCCUGUGGCUGUGAUGGGAAAUCUGAGGGAAAUGGGAGACAACCUUGCAAACACUCCACCUGUCCUGAGCUGGCAGGGAUCUCCAGUAUCAGUUCUGGGAGAGGAUGAGGAGGAGCUAGAAAAGGGAGUGAUAAGUAGACCUGUCCUGCAGCCCAGCCCCACCCAGUGCUUUUCUCCUCCUCCUGUAGACAACGACAGCAUUGAAAAUUUGAAUAAGGAGCCUUGUGAAAGUAUUCUGGCUGAUUAUUCCCACAACGACAGGUCUGAAGUCUGUGAUCCGCCCUCUACAGCUGAACAAGUUGCUGAGGAAGAAAAGGAAGACGACGUGGACAGCAGUGGGGAAACUUCUGGCUCUCUUCUUCGUGAGCUUCGCCACCAUAAAGCGGGGUUGGAUGAUGUCUUCAAGAGCCUGGCCACCUUCCUCGGAGGCCAGAGGGUCUCGUGUCGAGGCGGACCGUUUGGCGGGCCCCCUGCUGUCACUGCAGGAGGGGUGAAGUACUCUUCUUCUCUUGCGGAGAUCCACUGUCAUGAGCAUCACGACUUCUCCCCCAACUCAGAUCCCACUGCAUCGUCUACACCCAGUAAUCAAUCACCUACUCACACUACCUCAGACACACGUUUGAAAUCCCACAGUCUGACGGAUCUGAGUGAACCCGGUGUGGACACCCUGGUGCAGCAGAAGCAGGAAGAGACAGAGGAUGAUAUGAAAGCAAAACAAGAGGCAAGUAAACCUCCCUGCUCAUUGGCUCCGGUCGAUCCACUGAAACUGAAAGCGCUGUCCAUGGGCUUGUGUAAGGAGCUAAAGAUCCUCUUGAUUAAAGUGGAGAGUGCUGGAAGACAAACGUUCAACAUAUCAGAGGUGGAGGAGCAAAGAAUCCCACUUUCCAAGAUCAACAUCGAAAACACGGCAACUGAAGUGAUCAGAGCCUGCAAGUGGACGAGGGUGAAGGGGAAAUUCAAGGAGUCGUACCUGCUGCCCACUUUCUCUGUUAAACCUAACAUUGCCAUCAAGACCCCCAUUCCUCGAGAAAAGCUUAACCCUCCAACACCAAGUAUCUAUUUGGAGAGCAAGAGGGACGCCUUCUCUCCAGUUCUGCUUCAGUUCUGCACUGAUCCCAAAAAUGCUGUUACUGUCAUCAGAGGACUUGCUGGCUCCCUCCGCCUUAACCUUGGUCUGUUCUCCACCAAAUCUCUGGUGGAGGCCAACGCGGACCAUGCAGUGGAGGUAAGGACUCAGGUUCAGCAGCCGGCCGAUGAGAACUGGGAUCCCAGUGGCUCAGCGCAGACGUGGCCGUGUGAAAGCAGUCGCUCACACACCACCAUCGCCAAAUACGCCCAGUACCAGGCGUCCAGCUUCCAGGAGAGCCUGCAGGAGGAGAAGGAGAGUGAGAAUGAAGAGGAAGGAGAGCAGACCGAGACCUCAGACCCAGCAGCCCCUGCAAAAGCCGGUCUGACGUUAGCCAACAGUAAAGGAAGUCCCACCUCGGCUUCCGUUAAAGCCAGUUCUGCUCCCGUCCUCAGUAAAGCCCAGUCUGUUCUUUCCACCAGCACACCCAGCUCAGAGCAGAAAACGGUCGGAAAGAUCAUCAAAUUUGGGACCAACAUUGAUCUGUCAGACCCUAAAAGGUGGAAGCCCCAGCUGCAGGAGCUGCUGAAGCUGCCAGCUUUCAUGCGAGUGGAAUCCAGCAACAACAUGCUCAGUCAUGUCGGUCACACCAUCCUGGGCAUGAACACGGUCCAGCUCUACAUGAAGGUGCCAGGCAGCCGCACGCCAGGUCACCAAGAGAACAACAAUUUCUGCUCCGUCAACAUCAACAUCGGACCUGGUGACUGUGAGUGGUUUGCUGUCCAUGAGCACUACUGGGAAGAUAUCAACAACUUCUGUGAGAAGCAUGGAGUAGACUACCUUACAGGGUCCUGGUGGCCAGUCCUGGAGGACCUCUACAGCUCCAACAUUCCCGUGUACCGCUUCAUUCAGAGGCCAGGCGACCUGGUGUGGAUUAAUGCAGGAACUGUGCACUGGGUCCAGGCAGUGGGCUGGUGCAACAACAUCGCCUGGAACGUGGGACCACUCAACUCGUACCAAUAUCAACUCGCCCUGGAGCGCUUCGAGUGGAACGAGGUGAAGAAGGUUAAGUCAAUCGUUCCCAUGAUCCAUGUUUCCUGGAAUGUGGCUCGCACCAUCAAGAUCACCGAUCAGGAUACCUUCAAGAUGAUCAAAUACUGCCUGAUGCAGUCCAUCAAGCACAUCCAGAUUCUGAGAGACCAGCUGGUGGCUGCAGGGAAGAAGAUCUGUUACCAGAGCCGUGUGAAGGACGAGCCGGCCUACUACUGCAAUGAGUGUGACGUGGAGGUGUUUGAUCUGCUGUUUGUGACCAGUGAGAACAGCAGUAAGAAGACCUACGUGGUGCACUGUGAGGACUGUGCCCGAGCUAAGAGCCCGUCUCUGGCAGGAGUGGUGGUGCUGGAACAGUAUCGAAUAGAGGAGCUGAUGAGAACCUACGACAGCUUCACGCUGGCUCCAUCACCCUUUUCAAAGUGACGACUCUUCCCUGGUGUCUUUCAGCCAUAACCAAAACUCUAAUGGCAGCACAAAUGUUGCCUUCGAGGCAAUCUAUUCCUGCAAACACUUUCUGAAUCAGCCAAUCACGUUUACUCGGUAUUGUUUACAUCACAUAAUAAGGUAUGGAUACUCAGCCAAUCCAACUAUAGCUCACUGUCUUCCCCAUACCAGCUGCUGAUUGGACGUGUGUUUUGAAAUAGAAUGACUAGACUGGUACUUCUCAUGAAAAGCAUUUCUGACGUGUACAAAAAAACAAAAACAACAAAAAAAAAAGAAAACACAAUGUGAGCACUGCUAGCACUGAAAAUCAGGUUAUAUGUUUAACGGACACUGCUGUGAUUCAAAAGCGUCAAGUAGCCAGUUCUUUGUAUUAAUUCAGGUACUUUUAUGCAAAUUCAGUAGAACUUUUUUACACCAAUCUAGUUAUUCUAUAUGUCCAUGAAUUUGCUGUGAUUCUAUCGUACCAGCAGGGGAAUUGCUUCACAGGAGAAGUAGCUGAUUGUCACAUUUGGCAUCGUAUUGGUUUCUGUUUUUGUUUGUUAUUCAGGUAAACUCUGACAUUUGUAACUCCUGUCUGUAAACUCUUUGAGGUGCUAUUCCAAUGUUAUUUAUUCUCGUUAGAUACUUAAAAAGUUUUACCAGCCUAGAAGUACACCACAUUGGCCUUGUGAACUGUAUUUAGAGGAGAGGUAAUUAGAGGAUUAAACUCACACAAAUAAGGUUUUAUGUAAGUAUAAAAAAACAAAUCAAAAACUUUUAUCAGUUUCUCUAAAAUACGGGUUUACUAGAGGACUAAUAUGGUUUUAUUCUUAGUUGGAAAUCAAGUAUGUAGAUGGAAAAUGAGUUUUUUUUUAUUUGUUUUUUCACAAGUCCAGCUAUAUAGUUGUUGCUGUGCUUACUAUGAUACACCCAGAAAACAGACAUUGUGUUGUUUUUAUUUUUGAAAUGGGAAAACAAUCUCAGUUUUAUACCUCUUUUGUUGCUACGUUCUUGUUUCUAGAUGACAGAGAAAAUUAAUAAUUGUAAAUUGUGAAUGAAUUUACGGGAUACACAGUGGUGUGCAUAGACGCUGUAUGAGGUGGGGGUCACUAUAGUUGUUUGUGUCAGUGAAGUGCCCAUUGCAGUCUGCAAAAAGUAAUAUAUAUAUGUAUAUAUAUAUAUACAUAUAUAUACUGUAUAUGUCCAAAGAGACACACAAUCAUAAUCUUCUAAUGCAAAAGCCGACGAGGGCAGACAGAUGAUCAGACUGCAGGGCGCUUCAGUGUUUCCAUUCUGCUCCACACAUCUGUCCAUCAGGCUGAGCUCCGUGCACUGUCACCGGGUUUCAUACACUGUACUUCCAGUUACACCUGUGGAAGAGCACAUGAACUGAGACAUGACAAAAAAAAGCCCAGUUUUUGUUUUUAAAUUUCUUUUUUCCAUCAUUUAGACCAUCCUUCAAAACAAAAGCUCUCAUUAUGUUGACGCAACAUAGUCCGAACUUUGGCUUUAAAUUCCAAAGUUUUGUAUAUUUAUUGUGUCAGUGACAUGUGAAUUUGAUG